AUGGUCACCAUGUCAUCGUCUCUGAGGCGACUAACUCCGAGGGCUCUUACGCCCGCGUGGAAAUUCCCACGCUCAUACCAGCAGCCUGGGCGUUUCUUCCGCGCUCAACCUGCUCCAACCCGCUUCUUGCGGCAGUCCGGCCUAGAUUUUACCACGCCAUUGUCGAAGAAUCAAUUACGAAACUCAUCUACCGAUGCCUCCGAAAUUGCGACGUCCCCAGAAAAUCUCAAAGCCGCUCUGCCAACAUGCUGUCCAGGUUGUGGUGCGUACGCGCAAACCGUCGAGCCGAAUGAGCCAGGAUACUAUGGCAAAACCAGAAAACAGACAAGAAGGAAACCCCGUAAAGCGCAAAACCAAAUUUCAAAAGAGCCUACAUGGGAAGAGGCAGCCAGCGCCUUGGAUGAAGCGAGUGAGGAAAUGGAGAGUGCUCCUAAACCACUCCAUGGCGCGCUUGUCGAUAGUGCAGCGGACACAGCUGGUCAGUACCUCAUGAAAUCGAAAACACAGGUUCAGGUCUGCGACAGAUGUCACGAUCUCCUACACCAUAAUGAGGCGGUCUCUGCCAUCUCGCCUACAAUACACUCCAUUAGCGCAUACCUUGACGAGUCACCAUAUAAGCAUAACCGGAUCUACCAUGUUAUCGAUGCAGCGGACUUUCCCAUGUCUCUUGUGGAUGGUAUAUACGAAGAGCUCUCCCUUCAGGAACAGCGCUCGCGGAAUCGACGAUCCGCGACAGAGAAAUACAAGCAUGGGAGGAAGCUACCAACGAUCUCCUUCGUGAUAACGCGUUCGGAUCUUCUAGCGCCUACCAGCCAACAGACUGAUUCCAAGAUGCAGUACAUUCGGUCAAUCCUCCGUGAGAAGCUGAAGAUUCCAGAGGAUGUCCGCUUGGGCAAUGUACAUAUGAUUAGCGCGCACCGAGGUUGGUGGACAAAGCAAGUAAAGGAAGAGAUGGAGGAGCAUGGAGGCGGCAUAUGGAUUGUGGGGAAAAUCAACGCUGGGAAGAGUAGCUUUGUCGAAGCCUGUAUCCCAAAGGACUCACGGAACCUCGAAAAGAUGGCAGAACUCGUUGCACGCCGAGCUGCUGAAGAGUCAGCUCCGCGUGGUCCGUCAGAGCAACCUGAGCUUGAUCCCGACAGCCUCCUUCCACCCGCACCGAAGGAGGAUCUCUAUCCUGUUCUUCCAGUCGUCUCAUCGCUUCCGGGUACAACAGUUUCGCCAAUUCGAAUUCCAUUCGGCCGCGGCAGAGGCGAAGUCAUCGAUCUCCCCGGGCUUGACCGUGGCAGCCUGGACAAUCAUGUGCAGGACAAGUACAGGCGCGACCUCAUUAUGACUAAACGGCAAAAACCCGAACGACACAACAUCAAACCUGGGCAGUCUUUGGUUCUCGGAGGCACCCUUGUUCGCAUCACUCCUACAGACCCUCAAACCAUAGUGACCGCCGCUUGCUUCGUUCCACUUGACUCUCACCUGACGAGCACUGAUAAGGCAGUAAAGAUUCAAGCCGGAGAACUCACCCCCCGCACAGAAGACAUUGCCAAACCGGGAACAGAGGAAACAAUAUCCUUGGCGGGAGUCUUUGAUCUAAAGUGGGACGUGACCCGAUCCAAUCUCCCAAAAUCCAUAGCGAAAGUUAUGAAAGAUAAAGGAUCUGCACCUGCCUUCAUACCAUACAGGGUGAUGGCCGCUGAUAUCCUAAUCGAAGGAUGCGGUUGGAUUGAAUUGACUGCGCAGAUCCGUGCAAAGCCAUCAGAGAACAGGGGUGAACUUGCAAACUCGUUCCCACAGGUUGAAGUGUUCACACCUGAAGGGAAGCACGUUGCAUCACGGCGACCAUUCGAGUGCUGGAAGUUUGUCGAGCAGAAAAUGAAUACUGAAAGACAAAACCUUCGUCAUCGCCGGAGUAUUGGUUGGGCGAAGCGGACUGGAUAUGUGAGGCGGAUGCGAAUGGACCCAUUCCGAAAUAUUACCUGA